ACUUUUCAUUACGAUUCUAAACUUUGGAGCAACAAGGAAACCUUCAAUAUUGACGGAGGAAAGACUGGGUUUGACUCAGAAGAGACCAAGUUACCGACCUAUUGGAACACAUCCUUCACCAAGAUCUGUCUCGGCAUGAAGAUCGGACAAAGAAUUAACUUCAUACUCAUCAAAAAGCAGGCUAGUUCCCUCUAUUCAUUAAUCGCCGAUGGAAAUGGUCGCACGACCUCAUUGGGUCGUGACACGUGGAAGAAGCUGAUCGGCUCGAGGGCAUCAUUACAGUCUAAUUGCGACCAAGAGGGGUUUAAUGUGAAAUGUGAUGAACCAGGAAGACCGAAAGCUCGCAUUGGAAUCCUUGGAAACAACGAGAACGACUGUAAUUCUUGUGACUCCAGAAUUGGGUUUGGUACAGGAGGAAAACACGAUGAUUCCAACACUUGCGGAAACGAAGCGAAAUAUGGUAAAACACAUAUUAAAGCGAUGGGAUACAUCUUGGUACAAUGA